AUGCCCGAAGGAAGCGCGUCUUCCGAGACUGUCGCUCACGAUGACCUCUGCCCUAUCUGCCAACUUCUGCUCUUUACGCCGGUGAGAACGCGCUGCAAUCACCUGCUGUGUGCAUCGUGCAUGGCGCAAUGGGCCGAUGCUUCUACCACGAACAAUAUCGUGCAUUCCAGUUGGGAUGUCGAACUUGAAGACUUCGAUCCGAACUAUGAUCCCACAUACGACCUCGAGGCAAAUUGUCCCAUGUGCCGCACGCAUACCACUGCCUCGCCUGAUCAUGCGCUAGCAGAACAACUCAUACAAAAAUAUCCCUUGACAUACGCGGAGAGACGAGUGGAAGAGGAGGUCGAGAGAGGAAGUAGGGUUGGUCAGAAUGGUGUCGAGGGAGUCAUGAUCCUGAUCGGCAACAAGCAUAGUCUGGUCAGCGAAAGUGAGGACGCCAAUGAGCAUGAUUGGACUUUCUUCGUUAGAACAUCGAGACCAGAGCUCGUGGAAGAAGUCCGCAUAGAGUUGCAUCCAACCUUUCGACCUCCUCGCGUUGUCCUGCGCCGGGCGCCCUACCAAGUUCGCCGACUAGGCUGGGGUUACUUUACACUCGAGGCUGAGAUAAUUCUCAGGGCGCCUUAUACCUGGGUCCCAAGCGCCUCUGGAGAGAGACAGCGAGGUCUUGAGCUCACUUGGACACUUGACUUCACAGGCGAAGGACGGCAAGGCAGAGUCAAAGCGAAAGUGAAGAGGCUAGAGGAGCCACAUGGGCGGACACUGCGCAUUAGGCCAUUGCCAACUGUCGCGUCGCACAAUGAUGAUGAUGAAGAAGACGACGAGGACUAUGAAGACGAAGACGAAGACGAGGAUGAGGACGAAGACCAGUCGCACUACGAAGAAGAGGACCAUAGGAGACGGUAG